AAAUAAUCCGCUGCAUGCUCUCAUUAUUAAACCCACGUACAGAAGUAUUUGAACCCACUAGCUUAUCCAUUCAAUUUAGAUACACGAACCAUCUCUUCGUUCUAAUUAGUGACCCUUUCAAUUCUCUUCUGGUUUUCGAGAUAUAGCUUAGUUCUUUUCUGAGAGAAGUAAUUAUAUACGAAGUAUUUCCAUAGUUCAUAUUUCACUUCUUUUCCGGCUCAUCUCUUUUAAUCGGCAAUUGGGCAACGGUCGAAGUGUUUCUGUCAAGCAAGCUAGAGGACUGAAACAGAGGUAGGAUUAUCCUGGGAGCGAGUUGGCCAGUCCCGUUCGAGUAGCUAUCGAGAUACGGGGGCUAUCUUUCUUCAAGGCCAGUCCGGUUAACGGGCGAUCUUACGCUAAGUCAUUCUUUCUCUAUCUUUUAUAUUAAUAUUUCGUAUCUAAUUAUUGUUGUUAUUUUAUUCGUUCUUGCAUUUGGUGGUUUGUCUGGUGAUUUGUGAUUAAACUCGGGAUUUUAUCUGCCAAAACUCGCCAUCUAAAUACUAUUUUUCUAACAGUCUUGAAGAAAGAUAUUAUAUCUCGAGUUUUGAAAAUCCAAUAUGACGAACUUGGAAAAUGCUGCUACUUCUGAAAACGUUGUUGUUGAGAAUAAUGUGAAUGAAACCCCUGAAAAUAAUGUUAAUUCUGUGUUUGUGACUAAUUCUGGAGACACAACUGAAUUUGUUGCUACGGGCUCUCACUGGGUUGAUUUGACCGGAAUGCCGGAAAAAUUUUCCGGGCAUUUUUUCAAGCGUUGGCAACAACGCAUGAAAAUUUGGUUAAUCACCAAGGGAUUGCUCUCGGUAAUUAUGACGGUGUGUCCCCCCGUUGUCGAGUCUGAUCCCAAAAGUCUUGAACGCCAAACUUUAUGGCGUGAGAGGAAUGAAAUAGCCAAAGGAAUGAUAUUGUUGGGACUCUCCGACAUGUUAUUUGAUGUCUAUUGCACCCUCCACGGCACGGCUAAAGACCUUUGGGAUGAGUUGGAUAGGAAAUAUAAUACUGAUGACCACGAUCUAGAAAAGUAUAUUGUUUCCAAAUUCUUGAGAUCCGACAUGAAAGAGGGAAAAUCAGUUUUAGAACAAACACAAGAAUUUGAGCUUAUCUUACAUUCUCUCCGUGAAGCAGAUAUGGAAUUGCCUGAAAAAUUUAAAGUCAUGGCUGUAAUUGAAAAAUUCCCCAAAUCGUGGGAAGAUUUUGGUUUGACUUUAAAACACAAAAUGAAAAAGAUAACUUGGAAAAGUUUGAUGCAUUCCAUUACUGUCGAGGAAGAACAUAAGAAAGCGGGUUAUAUUGUGCCUGUUGAAUUUCAGCCAAAGGCUCAUAUUGUAACCGGGGGAAAGCAGUCACAAAAUUCUAAAAAUAAACAACCAUCAUCUUUUAAACCAAUAAAGGCCAAAUUAAAAAUUGCAAAGAAACCAAAGGCAAACCGGCCAUGCUGGAACUGUGGACAGAUGGGGCAUUGGGCCAAAUUAUGCCCAAAUAAAAAGGCUAAGGCUCAAUCUGGUGGACCUCAAGUCAACGUGGUGACUGGAGGAACUAGUUCCGAUGGCCUGCAGUUGGAAGAACAGUGAUGAUGGGAAACACAAGUGCUGCUAGUGUGCAUGGAGUUGGAAAAGUAGAAAUAAAAUUUCCUUCGGGAAAAAUACUUACUUUGCAUGGAGUGCAUCACGUUCCCGAAAUUAGAAGGAACAUUGUUAGUGGUUCCAUUCUAGUUAGGGAGGGUUAUGAGUUAUCUUUUAAAUUUAAUAAAGUUGUAAUUUUAUUUGGUGGACUUUUUAUUGGCAAGGGUUACUUGUCGGAUGGACUUUUUAAGAUUGUGGUUGAUUAUUUUGAAUUAAAUUAUGUAUCUGAGAAUUGUGAUUCUUCAACUUUAUGGCAUUAUCGUUUGGGUCACGUUAAUUUAGAUUCUGUAAAAAGAAUGAUGAAUUUAAA